UGUAAAGAUGACCCUUAGUAAAGUAUCUAUUACAGUUUUGAUGUGUUAGAAUAAGCAUUAUAAAGCAUACAAGGAAAUUUGAAGAAGGAUUUAUAAAUGAAAUCAAGAAUAUUAAUUGGGAAUUUUACCAAACAGAAAUAGAAGUUAGUUGUUAUCGUAAACAGUCGAUCGGAGAAUACGUCAGCAAGUUAAAAGGAAUCAUUCUAAAAACUUAAUUAAAAUUAAACUUUGAUAAGAAAAGUAAUAUCUAUUGUGAAAUCGUCAGAAAAUUUGAACAGGUUGCUCUCAGUUUCAUUAUUUUGGAAUACUUUAAUAAACAAAAUGUAGUUUGUAAUUGUGAAAAUCUGGAUUAAAAAUUUAAAGUCAUGUGAGCGUGGAGAAAUUAAGAACAAUGACAUUGAAAAGACAAUGACAAGACGUCGGAAUUUUUUAUAUCUGGAACCCGAAGGAUAAAAAAAUAAAAUGGAGAAAUUAUUAAAAUUGGCUAUAUUUAUAUCAGCCCUAUACGAAGUACAUGCAAACUGGAUGUACUUAGGGCUCUCAUCAGUCGGGGUAGUUCCGGUGCCCGAUAGUUGUGGAAGGAUCCCCGGCCUGGUCCAGCCCCAAUUGGAAGUCUGCCAGAACAACCCAGAGGCCUUGCCAUGUGUCAGUGAGGGUGCUAGGCGAGGCAUCAUCGAGUGUAAGAAUCAGUUCAAGUUUGAACGAUGGAACUGCACUACAAAUUCGAGAAAUUCUUCUGUAUUUGGACCUGUCUUGCACCAAGGUACACGUGAGACAGCGUUCAUCUACGCCAUAACUAGCGCUGGGGUAGUCCACGCAGUCACCCAGUCAUGCAGUGCCGGCAACCUGACCGACUGUGCCUGCGACGUCUCCAAAGCUGGCCUUCCUACUCCAGAAGGCUGGACGUGGGGCGGUUGCAGCGACAAUAUUAAAUAUGGCAUGCAGUUCGGGAAAAAGUUUGUAGAUGCCCCUGAAAGAUAUAGGCGCAAUCUGGGUACAACAAGAGAAAGAGUUAGGAUCAUGAUGAACCUUCAUAACAAUGAGGCUGGAAGAAAGAUAAUCCAGGCAGGGAUGAAGACAGAAUGCCGUUGUCAUGGCGUCUCUGGGUCAUGUGCAAUCAAGACAUGCUGGAAAGUUAUGCCCACAUUUAGUGAAGUCGGGGCUUUACUGAAGGACAAGUACGAAAAAUCAGUUGAGAUAGCUCCAAGGGCAAAAAGGAAGUUAAGGCGGAGGGAACGGCAAAGACGGAGGGUGCCUAUAAAAGAUACAGAAAUAGUUCAUAUAGCCGCAUCGCCAAAUUAUUGUAGAGCGAACUCAAAAAAUGGCAUUUUGGGCACGAAGGGAAGAGAGUGUAAUAAGAGAUCACGAGGUGCGGACAGUUGCAACCUCUUAUGUUGUGGGAGGGGAUACAACACUGAGACCAUAUUUAACAAGUCACAUGUGUGCUCAUUGGAACUGUUUGGACAUGGUCUUGUUAAUUUGAAGCAUACAACUUAG